AUGACUGAAUAUACAAUUGGAAUUGUCACACAAGCUCAACUUGAACAAACCAUGGUAACAGUAGCCACCAAACCACCUCACUCAGGUAUGAUGACAGUUAAUCCCGAUGGACGCCUAGGAAAUGUAAUUGGGGAGUAUGCUAUACUCUAUGCACUUGCUCGACUUAAUGGCCACCAAGCCUAUAUCUUACCAGUUAUGCAUGAGCAGUUAUCCAAAAUCUUUAAAAUCCGGCUCCCUGUGGUUCACAAAGACGUUGCUAAUCGUAUUAAUUGGACAGAUUACAAAAUUCACUAUUGGAUGUUACCAGAAUAUAAGAACAUCCAAGGAGAGUAUGUGAAAUUAACUGGCCAUCCUUGUUCCUGGACCUACUAUCAAUUUUUAAAGGAUGAGAUUCUCAAAGAAUUCAGUUUUCAUGAAUGGAUUAAGGAGGAGAGCUAUGCUUAUCUCACUAAAGUACGAGGGAAUAAGAAAAAUGUUACCUUUGUUGGGGUGCACGUUCGCAGAGGAGACUAUGUAUAUAUUAUGCCAGCCUGGAAAGGAGUUGUCGCUGAUAAGGACUAUUUACAGAAAGCCAUGGACUAUUUCAGAAGCAAGUAUCAAAACCCAAUUUUUGUGGUAACCAGCAACGGUAUGGAUUGGUGCAAGGAGAAUAUAGACAAUUCCUUAGGGGAUGUCCACUUUGCUGGAGAUGGCAUAGAAGGUUCUCCUGCCCGUGACUUUGCCCUCCUGGCACACUGUAACCACACUAUUAUGACUAUAGGAACAUUUGGGUAUUGGAUUGGGUAUCUGGCAGGAGGUGAGACUGUCUACCUGGCAAAUUACAGCUUAUCUCACGUCAAUGUAAACAAACGUAUGAAAAAUGAUCCUUUUGUUCUACCUGGAUGGAUUGGGAUUCCAGCGAAUAUCUCUCAUCUUUUGUAG